AUGUUACUGAGAAGUGUCGAAGGUGACACCCUUAAUCCGGAGGAAUCGGCUAAGCUUUUGGCAAGCACUUUUUAUCCAGAAGACUCUGUUGCGACUGACAAGUCCUACCACAUAAAAAUCCGAAGACUGGUACAAGACAAAAAACCGGAGGACAUAGAAGACCUCUCUGAGGAAGAUCCAGCUUUCACCCUGGCCGAACUGGAGACAGUGUUGAAAGCAUUAAACCCAAAGAAAGCUCCAGCCCAAGAUGGCUUAACUUCAGAUAUUUGCACUGUAACCAUCCAAAGCGAAAAGGAGACGUUGAGGUUAAAGCGAGUCAGUGAACACGAGGCGUCCGGCGACGGUGCAGACUUCAGUGGAGCCUUCGAAGACGGACCGAGGAAUCCCUCAAGCAUACAAUCGCCGCAGCUGGAGACACUUUCAACGGCCAUCAGUCCGAUACCAACCCGGACAAUAACACCUCAAGCAUACUCCAGGACUCACAGCAUACCAACCGGAGAUCCCACAACGGGCUCUUUCUUCGCGUCCAUCGUACUCUUCACUGCAAUUCAACCAUCGAAGAACACCAGCAGAAAUAAAGUAAUCAUGUCGGAUGUGGAGACCGCUUCUUCAAUCAAGUCCUCCCAAAACCUUUCUGUUGCUCCACCUAGACCUCCACGAUCGCUGCGGGAAAAAGUACUUACAAAAUCCAGUUUAUCAAAAGCAACACCUAGCGAGAAGUUGUCGCAGCCAUCAUCUCAUCCCGCAACAGGAAAACGUCCAGCGGACUCUGCUCCGACAGACGCAUCUACAACAAGAAAAAAUGCCUCUUCGCACACCCCCACUCUGGGAACUAAAAUGUCGCAAACUUCAGUUAAAAGCGACAGCUCGAUCCGAUCCUCCGUUUGUGACCCGGUAGAUGCGGCUAUCGACAAAGUAGCUAACUGGAAGCAGGAAGAAAUUCCUCCACUUCCAGUUUUAUCCGACGAAGAACUUUCGAUCACAUCUGCGCCGGAAUCACCACUAUCGGAGGCACCGGAAAAAGGAAGACCCAGCCUGCUUUUUAACUCCAACAGGCGACUGGGGGUGGAAAUGGAUAUGGCAACAAAAGAAGCGAACGAAAUGCUUCUGAGAGGGAAGGAAGCGCUAGAAAUGGCAGGGAAUAUGAAGAGGGAGUGUAAGUUAACAGCUUUAGAGAGUCUGCAGUCCCUCUACGAGAUGGUCCUGGCGCUGUCAGAUUCCAGAUCUAGACAUAAGCAUAAUCUAGAAAGGGAACGCUCACGCAACGCUCAAGAACUAAUGCGAGUGGAGCGCGCCCAUAACAAGAUCAUCACCCAGCUUAUGAAGGAAAUGGCUUCCGAACUAGGCCAUGCCAGGACAGAUAUAAAAAAUACCCUCCAGGAAUCCAAGGCGAUACGGGGUUGGUUGAACUUCGAAACCCAAGAGCCCUUCCGCAAAACGAGCGACCUACUCAAAGCUGUGACGGACUUAGACAAGCGCAUAGGUGUGAUUCAGUCGAACUUGAGUCAGCAGAAGCAAGAAGGUGCAGACAACAUUUUAUCUCACCUAAGAGUGGACCUUACUGGAGUAAAAUCUAGUGUGGAAACACUCAAACUUCAAUUGGACGAAAUGCGCAGAGUCAUCGAAAAGUCCGAAAACAACACCAAGAAGGUUCUGGAGACCGGCCAAAAAACCCUGCUACGCCUGGAGUCACCACCAUCCCACCCCUCAGAGGAAAUAAGUAAAACGUUGGAACAUGAGCUGAAUGGAAUGAAGAGUUCGCUGAAGGAGAUAGAUACAAGUAUCAGAUCUGGACUUUCAAUCUUACCUUCAGCGGACUCCGGUAAAAUAUUCCAAACCAGCAUAAGGGAACAUCUUCAACCAAUAGAAGAACACUUAGGUGCAAUGUCAUCCGAGCUGAGGACGAUGAGAGAGCAGAAGCAACGGGCCCCAUCACCUACAGCCCCAAGUCUAGCAACAGAGCUUGCACAAACUGGCGAAGCAGCAACAAAGCCAAAAAAGACAUACGCCAGAGUGGCUGCAAGCCCUCCCCUUCCUAAACCCAAUCACACUCUCAUUAUCACAUCAACUGAUUCGAAAAACACAGCCGAAAAUAUCAUCGAGAGAAUCAGGGAGGCUCUAGACACAAAAAAGACUGGAGCCAAAGUAGAUAGGGGAAACCUCGAUGAAGACCUACAAAUGAUCAGGAGAUACAAAUCAAACAUGGCAACCAAUGACAUCAUAAUAGGAGGAGACGCCAACGCAAAGAGCAUCUGGUGGGGAUGCAAAGCAGAUGAAAGCAGAGGAAAAAUCAUUAUGGAAACAUUCGCGGAACUCAAUCUUGAUAUCCUUAAUGUAGGCACUACGCCUACAUUUUCUGUUUAUAGAAUGGAUAAAUUAUGCACUAGUAUAAUAGAUAUCACCGCUUGCUCACCAUCAUUACUCCAUCGAAUAAAAGACUGGCAAGUAGAUGAAUCACUAUGCACAAUAUCAAGUCACAAAUCAGUCUCAUUCACUCUCGAAAUAGAGCUUUUUAAUACCACAAUCAACACUCAUGGCACAAGGAUUUAUAAUGCUAAAAAGGCAAAUUGGAGCAAUCUGAAAAUCGAUCUGAAAGAAUUUUGCAUAAUAUGA